AUGGGAUGUGCCAUAAAAAAAGAAAAACAAUUUUCAACUAUCAAUAUUAAUGAAUAAAAUACCAUUUAUUUUGUGAUAAUUAAUGGAGACUAACAAUUCAAAAAGGUUAAACAACAAUAUAAAUUUACAAAUUCAGUCCCUAUUUUAGGGUCUAUAGGUAUUAUUUAACAUUCAGUAAAAUCUAGGAUAAAGUUCUAUUAUUACAAGAAGAAAUAAACAGUUUAAGUCAGAAAAAAGUAAAAUGGUAUUAGAAAUGAAUAAUAUCGAGACUUCAAUUUACAUACAAAAUAAAAAAUGA